UUAAUGGUAAUUUAAUCAGUGAAUAAAAUAUUCUUCGAUUUAUUAUAAGCAUAGGAACUUGUGAACAUCCGCUUAACAUGGCGCUCUCUAACGACAUGUGCGGAUGAUAACGCUUGUCCUUUGUCGUAUUUCAUUCUAUUUCAAGCAUCGAGUGUGGCUAAUAUUUCGUUUUUGGAUUCUAUUUAAAGUUUUAAAGCAGUUACAUAAUCAAUUUGUUAUCUUGAAUGAAUAUUACGACAUAAGAUACGGUUAUUGCAAUGGUGAAAACCCGACGUAGUAAUGGAGAGAAUGGGGAGGUUGACGAAGGAAAUUAUUCAAUAAACCACGUUGGCAGCGUAUCUGAUGAGAAGGCAUCAAAUUGGUCUCAAAGGGAGUUGAGAAGUAGUCAGUAUAAGGUUGCUAGGAAAAUACAACGCUGGCCCACUAGAUACAGUCGCAGUAGACUUCGAGCAAUCAAAAUGCCUCGUACCAUAAUGUUUCCUGAAAGUGACACUGAACCUGAAAAAUAUUCCAGAAGAUCUCGUCAAGUAAGGGUGUUCUUUGCUGAUGAAAAUGAUUCUACAAAUAGAAGUAUGAAAAUUCGACGUAAUCGUGGACCCAGAAAGAAUUAUAUGGAAGACAGUGAGGACAAGCCCAUACAACAAAAUGUAAGAAGAAGUUGUCGCAAGCGUAAACUUCUACAUCAUAAUUUUAAUGAAAGCUGGAUCACAAAUGAAUUGAAAGUCAAGGGAUAUCCAGAUUUAUACGGUUUUCCUGGAACUAGUUCAUCAGACGAGUUUUCUUCAGGAGACGAAGCUAGAGAAACUAAGAAACUGACUCGCAGUCACGCUCCGACCAACACAGACGAAGACACACAGCUGUCACGCCAGAGAAGAACCUCAGCAAGAUUUACGAACAAAAAGGAUGCUUCAGAAUCGGAUUCGGACGAAGAAAAUAAUCAGACAGUUAUUGAAAAGAAGCCGAUUGAGGAAAAAUUGGAAAAUGAGAAAAUGGAUGCAGAAGUUAUAAAACCUAAAGAAGAACCUAAAAACGAUGAAAAGAUUCAAGACGGGGACAGUGAGAGUAAUCAAGGCCCGGCUCGAUCAACAAGAGGUAGAGGGAGACGCGGUCAGAAAAAAGUUGAUAUUCGCCAAGAAUCUGCGUCGUCGUCGUCGUCGUCGGAGUCGGGCAGCUCGCUGCGCCCGCGCCGCUCGGGCCGCACGCGCGCGCAGCCCGCCUUCGUGCAGCUCGCGGGCGACGCCCGGCCCAGAGGCAAAACCUUUACUAUUAGGAAAAAACCUUACAGCCUGAGAGAAAGAAAACCAAAGUUACUUCGUAGGAAAACAAUUAGAUCCCAAUCUCCAUCAAACAGCAGCACAAGUAGCAGCACGUCCAGUUCAGAUACCGAAGAAGAUCUCAAUGUUUCUAUGAAAAAUAAGACAAAGGGCAGACAAAAAUCAAAGUCGAUGGAUGAUAAGAAAACAGACAGAGCUUUAAGAGAUAUACAACCGAUAGAAGUAGAUGGCAGUGUGAGGUUUUCAUCUGUCGGUGGCUUAGAAGAACACAUAAAAUGUCUCCGAGAAAUGGUAUUGUUCCCACUGAUGUACCCGGAACUGUUCGAUAAGUUCAAAACUCGACCAGCCAAAGGAGUCCUGUUCCACGGUCCGCCCGGCACGGGGAAGACGUUACUAGCGCGGGCGCUGGCUAACGAAUGCAGUUUGGUCGGCGGGAGGAAAGUGGCUUUCUUUAUGAGAAAAGGGGCGGACUGCUUGAAGAAAUGGGUGGGGGAGAGUGAGAGGCAUUUGAAGUUGCUGUUCCAACAGGCGAACAAGAUGAAGCCGUCGAUAAUCUUCUUCGACGAGAUCGACGCGCUGGCGCCCGUGCGCAGCGUGCGCCAGGAGCAGGUGCACACCAGCGUCGUGGGCACGCUGCUCGCCGAGAUGGACGGCGUGUGCGACAGGGGUGAAGUAGUAGUAAUAGGAGCAACGAAUCGUCUCGACGCAGUUGACCCGGCUUUGAGGAGAGCCGGUCGCUUCGACCGCGAACUACACUUCCCGCCCCCACACGCAGCAGCGAGACGAGAUAUACUUGAAAUAUACACCAAGAACUGGACGCCGAUGCCCAGCGAAGAGACCUUGAAUCAUAUCGCCGAUAUCACAAAUGGAUACGGCGGGUCUGAUUUAAAAGCACUGUGUUCGGAAGCAGUAUUAAAAGCUCUCAGGAGAGUGUAUCCACAAGUGUACGAUAGUGAAUACGCAUUGGUUAUCGAUCCUAGAAAUGUGGAGGUGUCGCUGGGCGACCUGCAGGCGGCGAUGGCGUCGCUGGUGGCGGCGGGCGCGCGCGCCAGCCCCGCGCCGGCGCGCCGCCUGCCGCGCUACUGCGAGCCGCUGCUGCGCGCGCAGCUGCGCGCCGCCGCCGCGCUGCUCAGCGAGCCCUUCCCCGCCGACACGCCCCCGCUCACUCAUAAUAUGGACACGCCGGCGGCUUCCGAUGUGCUUUUGCUGUCGGGCGAGUGCGCCGAGACGCACCUGGCGCCGGCGCUGCUGGCGCAGAUGGAGCGCUGUCCGGUGCGCGAGUUGAGCGUGUCCGCGCUGCACUCCGCGCUCGCCUUCACGCAGGAGCAAGCGCUCAUAUCGCUGUUCGCGGAGUGCCGGCGCUGCGAGCGCGGCUGCAUCCUGUUCGUGCGCGACGUGCUGGCCGUGUGGCGCGCGCUGGGCGCGGGCGCGGCGCUGCUGCCGCAGCUGUGGCGCACGCGCGCCGCCGGGCCCGCCACGCUGCUGCUCGCCACCGCGCCGCCGCACGCCGACCUGCCGCCGCAGCUACAAGAAAUGUUCCCGCCAUACAAAAACUGUAUAUACGGGGUACGUGAAGCAACUUCUGCUGAAGUAAUCAACUUUCUAAAGCCCAUUAUCACAGAAGCACCCUUGGAGCCUCCGGUGAUUGAAAAUACUGAACCGCCCCCGCCCUUACCACGGGCUCCACCCCCACCCCCUCCCCGAGAGAGCAAAGAAGAAUUGGCAAGACGAAAGCGGAAGGAGGACUACAAGCUGCGAGAAUUAAGAAUAUUUCUACGCGAUAUCUGUAGAAAAUUGGCUUCGAAUAGACGUUUUUAUAAGUUCACUAAACCCGUGGACUUAGAAGAGGUGACAGAUUAUCUAGAUAUCAUUAAGCAGCCCAUGGACCUCGAGACCAUAAUGACGAAGGUGGAUAUGCACAAGUACAAUUGUGCGAAGGAAUUUCUUGAUGACGUCGACUUGAUAUGCGCUAACGCAUUAGAAUAUAACCCGGAUAGAACAUCGUCCGAUAAGCAAAUCCGCCACGAGGCGUGUUCGCUGCGGGACCACGCGCACGCACUCAUCGACGUGGAGAUGGACAGCGACUUCGAGCUCGAGUGCCAGGACAUCGCGCGCCGCCGGCACGAGGACGGCGCCGCCGACAACGACCUGCCAGACUUCAUAUACACCGCCUCCAACCUGCCGGACGGUUUCGAUACCACAGCGGACGAUAGUAAGGUGGUGCGCACACCGCACAACGGGGACAAAAAUGAUACACACUCCGCGAAACGUAAGCGCAAACGGAUCAACGCCUGGUCGAAAGGGCUAGUUGUGAAACGGCAGAGGACGUCACAGAAAAACUACAAGGAGUCGCACAUCGCGAUAACGGACGAGGAGUCGAAGGAGAACAAGCCGAUCACGUCGACGCCGCUGGCGGCCGGCUCGUGCAGCUCGUCGGGCUCGGACGACGACGCGCCGCUGCGCCGCCCGCGCGCCUGCGACGACCUGCUCGACCUGCGCCGCUCGCUCGACAACCACGUGCACGCGCGCGACAGUCCGGCCAAAUCAACAGAGAAGUCACCAUCAAAACCAUCGCCAAAGAAAAGAAAUUCAGGUCACGAGGCCACGAGUGGAGACGCUGAGAAGGUACUGAUAAACAAGACUGAGUUAGAUAACAUUCUAUAUAAGAACGCGAAAGCGCUGCGGAACAUCGGCCUCGAAGCACUAUUGGACCUGUACGCUCAGUUAGCGGGCGCCGUACGAUCGUACUCCACGAAAUACGACCGUACGAAGCUUCCGAACGAACUUCAGACGAUUAUCGCCAGGUACUUGCAGCUCGCGAGGAAAUGAGCGACGAACUCGACAAGCCUUCAGUCAAAAGUCAUAUAAUAAGUGUUGACAAUAUUGUCUCAACUUGUAUUCCUAACCAGAAUUUAUCUGUACAGCGUCCCCCUUAUAACCCAUAGACAUAUAACAAGGACGUGUUCAAUUUAUUGUAAUUUGAUUAAAAAAAAUAGAUAGUUAUAAAAAAAAAACUUUUACAACUUAUCAGCUAUAUAAGUAAUGAGAUUAAAAACUGAUUUAAUUUUAUAAAAAAAAAAAAAAAACUGCUAAUGCUAGUACGUUAUAACGUCGCAUGUUAUGUGUCUAUGGUAACUUAUUAAUAGACUAGGAUUUUAAAUUUUUCAAAGCCGUCCAAAGCGUUUUUUAAGAGAGACCAGUAAUUUUGAAUAGUGACAAAAUCGAGAUUUUGACAGAAGGCUAUCUCGAAACAGUUUACAGUGUGUCGAGAUAAUACAUUCCAUGUUAAUGUGGAAAGUUAAAAAUUUAUUUUGAAUCUAUGUAGCGAGGUAUUAGAGUUAGGGAAGUUUGUAGAGAAUAAUUAGCAAAAAAAAAAAAAAAUGUUUUAUAUUGUUUGGUCUGGUUGCACUAAUGUUGAUUUAAUAACGUAUCGUUAUCGUUAAGAACGAACUUAAAUUUUUUUUUUUUCGUUCUGAAUCGUUUAACACGAAUAUAAAAUAAUAAGGUGUGAUUAGCGUCACCUAAACAGCCAAAUUGUGAUACGUGUAGUAAAACCUUAAUGGUUAUAACGAUUGUAAUUAAAAAAAAGUUAAUAAUAAUAGUAUUAGAAUUUCGAACAUUUGUUAUCUUUGUUUAAAUGUUACGAAUUUGCAAAAUAUCUUUUAAACGACCAAAGUAAAUAAAUAUUAACGUAAAUAUAAUUUAUUAUAUAUGUGUAUAUUCUACUAUAAUUUUAUAUAAAAAGUUAAUAAGACCAAACCUGCGAAUAUUAUAUUAAUUUCCUCCUAUCGUUGUUACGAUGCAAUAAAACAAGAUAAAAGUAUUGAUGUAGCUCUAAAAUUUUAGUUUUUGAAUGAUAUAUAUUGUUUUAUCACUUUUUCUAAAUAAAUAUAAAAUAACAUAUAUUAAAAAAAAAAAAAAAAAUAAUUAAAAUACGUAUAAUUUUGUACAAUUCAUAUACGAACAAUUUCUCUAUUAGAGAUUAAAGUCCUUACAAAUUAGUUAGUUAGUUUUCUCACUUUCAUUAAUUAGACAUUUAAAACAAGACACCGUAUUGUAUGGUAACUAUACAAAUGAUAUACGUUAUUAGGGACUAGAGAUAUUCGUAUGAAAAUUUUUUUCUAAAUUCGUUUUACUCUGUGUCAUUGUAAAUUGUUUAAAAUAUUGUCAUUCAAGUUUAUUCAAUGACUUAACCAGAAAAGGUUGUUGGCGCGCUUUAAUUAUAAUCGAUGUUCAGCCACUGUUUAGUUAAACACUGAUUUCGCUCUUUCUGUCGUUAUUGAUUUGAUAUUCGAAAGAAGAAGACAGCAUUGUUUAAAUAAUCGCCCGCUGACCAACGUUUAUAAGUAAUACCGUGAUUUCUCUCUUUCCGUCAUCAUCGAUUUGAUAUUCGAAAGAAGAAGACAGAAUGAUAUAACCAAUCACGUCCUAAAUGACAUAUGGGUAAAGCCGUAAAUCAUUUAGACUUUUUAUCUUAAUACGGAAUGCUGGGCAAUAUUGCUGCAUUAACUAAUAUACGAUCAUUUUUAUUUCAAUUAAUAAUGCCAUAAAACAUAAGAAAAUAAUUACUCUAAUGUAUAUAAUUAUAUACCAAAUAAAAAUAAAAAUCAAUUAAAAUACUUCUAACAUAGACAAUAGUAAAAGAGAUUUUAAAACAUACUUUACAAUAAAUAAAAAAUAGUGAUGGGUUGUGAAAAAUAUUAUAGCGAUUAUAAACAAUUUGGCUUUUUAGGUUCAUCAUAAAACCUUUUUUAUGCGAGUGUUGUAGAUAUUAAUUGAUUUUAAAUAAUUAAUAACUUAAUUAAUUGAUGGUAAAUUAAAUUGAUUUGUAACAAUUAUGAAAACGAGGGUUUCGAAUGCUAUUUUUUUUAUAAAGUCUUAAAUGAAACUUUUUCACAAAUUAAGUAAAUGUAUUUAGAAAUAUUUCGAACACUGCCACUAAUAUAUUCCUUAUGUCUUUGAGCUAAGGCUGAUAUUAGAAUGUCUGAUAAUCGAACUCGGGAGUUAUGAAUGUAUCGGAAUAUAUCAGUUAUCCAGAACGAGCUUAAAUAAUUAUGUAUUUAUGCCUAUGUGAAGUCUGGCUAUAGACAUUUUUAUUCUAGAAUUGAAAAUGUGUACACCAAUACCGAAUAAAUACUCUUUUGAUAUCAAAUACUACUUCAAAUUAAAAGUUAAACUUGUGCGUUUUUUUAUAUGUAACGUUAUAAAAACGUAUAAAAAUAAUCUGUUAAAAAAACCUUUUCAUGUGUCGUUAGAAUGUUAUAAUUUCAUUGGACGUCAUUGAGAAUUGUUUGAGUCAGAAUGAAUUUUAUUGAAAUCUAUGUUCGAUAUUGAUAAGACAUUAUUUUUAUAAAAUUAAUAUUUAUGGUAAAAUUGUUAGUGUAUUGUAAUUGGACACAUCAUUUUGCUUUCAAAAAAUAAAAGAAAAUAAAGAAUAUUAUUCGUCGGCAACAUCACAUUGCGAUAUAACACUGAAGUGUUGCUAGUUGCAUUACACCUUUUACCCAUAAUUACACUGGCUCACUUACACCCCCCCCCCCCGACCGAAAUUUCUAUUAGGCUGAGUGUAAAAUAUAGGAAGCAAUAGUGAAGAAUAUUAUUAUUAAUAAUAAAAUACAUUUGCUGUUAUAAGUUAACCUCCUUACGAAAUUUACACAAAAAAGUUCAAGUCUACUACUCAAAGUUUUUGUUCGAUCGAUUUCUGUAUCGUGUCAUCGUGAAAAACCUAGACAUUUGAUAGGUGAUCGUUUAUUUGCAUCGGUGGGUUUUUUAUACAAGAAUUCUAUUUGAAUUAUGCUUACACAGCUUUCCCUGGUGACUAUUAUAAUGCAAUUUAAGUGCCUGUUAACAGAAAAAAGCCGAGAUGGCCCCAGUGGUAAGAACGCGUGAAUCUUAACCGAUUGAUGAUCGUGGGUUCAAACCCGGGUAAGCACCACUGAAUUUUCAUGUGCUUAAUUUGUUAUUAUAAUUCAUCUCGUGCUUGACGUUGAAGGAAGACACCGUGACGAAACCUGUAGGUGUCGAAUUUCACUGAAAUUCUGCAACAUGGGUAUUCCACCAACCCGCAUUGGAGCAGCGUUGUGGAAUAAGCUCCAAACCUUCUCCUCAAAAAAGGGAGAGGAGGUCUUUAGCCCAGCAGUGAGACAUUCAGAGGCUGUUACUGUAACACGUUAUACAUUCAAUUUUCGAACUAUAAACUGCCUAGUUGAUUGAAAAAAAUAGUUAUUACUAAACUAUUAUUUAUAUACAGCUUGCUAUAUAGAGAUACGAUACAUCAUUCAACAAGGAAAAUUGUCUGUUUUGUUAUGAGAAGCGUAAUAACAUUUUUAUAAACUUGAAACAGUAUUUGAUAUCAUAUAUGUAUUAAUUUAAUUUAUAAUUAUUAUUCAUAUUCGUUAAUAAUUCACUAAAUUAUAUAAUAAAUUUACAUCAAAGACUCAAUCGGUCUUGUAUGUACUUAAUAAUUACUUUAUAUAUCAUAACAAAAAUAAUUGUAACAUGUACAUUUGUACAUACUUUCACUAAUUGAACAUUUAAAAUACAUUAAUUUAUUUAUAUUACUUAUAUACGUCCAGAUAAAUUAUAAUUUGUUUUUCUAGAAUGUAAUAAGUUAUGAAACACGUUGAAGCUAAGAAUUAUUCGUAUAAAAUACUGAGACAUUACAUUACAUAGACCGAUGUAAUGCAUCGUUCACACAUAACAUUAAUUGUCUUUGUUUUUUUUUUAUUAACAUAUCUAUCUCAUAAUACUGUCCAUAGACAAAAUUGACUUUUGUGUGGACGUCAUCAGUAACAGUGUGAUAUGAAAGUAAAAGGCAAAUAAAUUAUAUAUGAAAAUAGUUACCUCGUUCCAAUUAGGAAUUAAAUAUAUUGUACCUAUAUACGCAUUAUGUACCUACGUUAGGAAAUAUUGCCAUAUAUUGAUUGUUCAGGUGGCGAUUUCGGAUGAAAUUCGAUGAUCGAGUUGAUGAUUCACUGCCUUUCAAAUAGAGAUUAAUUUUUCCGCUUUUAGUUAAAAUUAGUUGUUUUUACCAUAGACAAGAUAAAAAUGUUUUAUGUGUGCCUUCUGUGAAAGUAAAUUAUAUUCUCUUUUUUGAUUAAUUUAAGGUACAAAUUUUUCAUUACGAUGUAAAUAUUAAUGUGUUAACUGACCUUAGUUUUUGGUGUCGAAGGAAUUCAUUUUGUUACCAUUUUUUUUUAAAAUAGGUUUAAAUAUAUGCCUUGAACAUCGAAUUUCAAUACGCUGUUCAAACGAAUUUCUAGUUAUACGUAUUAAAUAGCAACACUUGCAAUACCCAUAGAGAAAAGAUCUGAUUAUACGCGUGUACAAUAAGAAUAAUUACAUUAAAUUGUUCAUACAUUGUUUGAGAAGUAACUAUUAAAUAGUAAAAAGUAAAAAAGUUUUUUAUUACUCUACGAUUUAAUUUAAGAAAAUUGAAAAGAAAUUAAUCAACAUGUACUCUUUAUUACGAUGAGAUUAGAAAAUGUUGAUUGCAAUCUAUUUGUAACGCAAUAAAGAGACGUGUAUUGUGUGGUCCGGUAAUGAAGUUACCGGCCCUUGCGAUUUAAUUGUAGCUUUCUCUCAUUUUGAUAGAUUAUUAAGUUUUAAUAACAUUUCUAUAGAUUUUUAUUAAAAGUAAUAAAUUAUAUAAUGGUAACGCCGCCGAGGUUAUUAUUAAAUUAGAUUGCAAAUAAAAAGUUAAUAUGUAUCGAAUUGUUUUUCGUUGACUGACUGAUAUUUGUUGAAGGCAACUCGUGCGUCAAGUUGACUGUCCUGGGUGUUGUAAGUGUGUCUAAAUGACCUAAUUGUAAUGAAUCUGCUUGCAUUUUGCUCAAUUUAAUGUUUGAAGUAUGUAAGCGACAUCCACCGUUUGUUAGUGUAUAAUAAAAAAUGUAUUUAUAAAACUGUAUUUAAUUAAAAAUAAAAAGGGUACGCCUUCAUGUGAUAAUGAU